AAAAAGAAAAAAACAAAAACAAAGAGAGAAAGAUGGAGAAGCAACAACAACCAUCUAAGGAAACAAAGCCACAAAAUGAAUCAGGUAAAGAAAGCAGCACUGAAGGGCUUCCAAUGGAGGAUAGUCCCUAUGUGAAAUACAAGGACUUGGAGGAUUAUAAGCGUCAGGGUUAUGGUGCACAAGGUCACCAAGAACCAAAGCCAGGUCGUGGAGCUGGAGCCACUGAAGCACCCACUCUCUCUGGUGCUGCAGUUUCAUCUGAUGCACAAGCCACUGCCACUGAUGUCAUUAAUAGCAAAGGAGUCCUUUAAUUCAUACUUCUUUGAAUAGAAUUCCUUGCUAAUAAGAAAUUGUUUUCUUAAUUUGGGUCGUUUUUUUUUAAUAUGUGAACAUCUUAGUAAUUUGUAUUAUUACUUACACGUUUAAAGUUUACAUUUAGCAUAUUAUACAUUUUUUCUAUACAACACGUUUUGGAUGUUGACAUGUUGUGGUAAGAUUAUCUCAGGAUAGGUUGCUCUUGUAUAUUUGUGAUAUAUACCAUGAAUAGAAAUGAUCCCUUUUUGUGUUAUCAUA